GCGUUAUCAUUCAACGGAUAAUAUUCCGAGAAGAGCGAAUAGUGAAGUCACAGCCUCCCCGCACGCACGGAAGAGAAGUCACUUCAUUCAAGGAUGGCGUUUGUUUCGCUGGUGUCUCUCUGUUGCCUGGCGGUUCUCCUUCGGUUUAGUUACGCAUUUAAAGCUGCUGUAUACGAGCACAUUCAACAAGGAGACCGAUUAAAGGACUCGGCGACCACCAUCAUAACGAAGAACCUUUUGAAGUAUCAGGAGGCAACUCGCAACGCGUCUCUUCAGGGAUCCGACAUCAUCGUCUUCCCAGAGCUGGGCAUCCUGUUCUUCAAGAACGCACUGGAUCAUGCUGAAGACAUUCCGGAACCGGGAAACGUGAAUCCAUGCCAGAGUAGUGCACAUAAUAACCUCUCCUGGCCCAUCUUAUCCAAUCUCAGUUGUCUGGCACGCGAUAACGAAAUCUACUUAGUUGCAAACGUUAUCGACAAGAAGCCCUGUGUUCAGCCAAACUGCAGUAAUCGUUCCAAUGGCGGUUACAUAUACUACAACACCAACGUGGCCUUUGACCGGAAUGGAACCCUAGUUUCGAGAUACCACAAGAACCAUUUGUUUGGGGAAAGACGCUUUCAUGAGCCCAAUCCACCGGAAUUCGCUGUCUUCGAAACGGAUUUCGGCGCCAAAGUUGGAAUGUUCAUCUGCUUCGACGUCCUCUUCAAGGAAGCCUCCGAACUUGUGACCAAGUACAAGGUUGACCUCGCAAUCAUGAGCACUUUGUGGUUUGACGAAUUGCCCGAGUGGUACAGCGUGUCAGUACAGGAAUCUUGGGCUAUUCGUCACAACGUUACUCUUCUGGUGUCUGGAAUCCAGAAACCUUCAACGGGGUCUCUUGGGAGCGGUAUUUAUAGAGGAGCGCAAGGACCACUUAUCUAUACCUACAGCCCUGACUGGAAGGAGAAGCUCCUGGUUGCUGACACGGAUGAGCCACUGCCACACAAUGAUCGGUAUAAGGACGACGUGCUGGAAGUGAAUGACCGUGUCAUGAUAGAACAGCGUACCAUGGACUACGCCGCCGUGAAGCUGGAAGGCACGUUGGGAGAAGAGACUGUGUGCCAAGGAAGUUACUGUUGUACAGUGCGAUUCGCCGUUCCGUCGAUGAACGACAGCUUCUUUCUCCUGUUUAAGAUUGGGCACAAACCGACCAGGGUGGGCAUCAAACUCGGAGUACAGGAAUGUAUGGUAGCACUCUGCGAGCCUAAACGCGGACUUCCCUGUGGCCGGUUCCCCUACACUUCCAAUACGACCUUCACCCAGCUGGAGAUAAGGGCCAACUUUCCUGUACCGGAUGUAUUUCCCGUGCUUGUGUCCGACCAACUAGCACUAACGUCGAUGAGACACUGGAAUUAUAACAUCACAACAGGGCACGAUGCAGUGCUAGCUAUCAACGAAAAGAAUCCCCCACCGGAGCCAUUGCUGUCUGCGGUAUUACUGGGAAGAAUUUACGACAAUGACGUUAUUCCUCCACGAGCAAGGGGUUAAACUACUGUAAACAAUGUUCUCCCCAAGCCACUAAGCUUUAAAGGUUGUAUAAAUGCAUAUACCUUUCCGAAAUAUACGUAUAUCCCCCCCCCCCC